CGCCAACGUGAUGGGGUUGUUUUCUUCAUGAAAUAGUAGGCUUUAGCAUGUGCUUCACCAUCGCCUGUCAGCCAAGCUGAAGCUCCAAUUCUACGGUACAGAGGGGACACGGCAAACUGGAUCAGGAUAAGUGCGUUCAUGAGAGAUCGAGAACAGGUUGUGUCAAUAAAUGGCACCUCUUCGUCUUGGGGCUAUCAUCAUCUGGAUCAAAGGAUAAGAACAAAUACUAGCAUAGAAGACCACCACUCUUCACCCACUACCCUGAGACAAGAUGGCUGAAGAAGCGGAGGAAGAUCGUCUUCAGGUGAUGUUCAAGAAGCUACGAGUAGACCCAGCUUGGUCUUCUGUGGGAUCUACCAGCCUGCUGGUGCCACACACAGAGUAUCCGAUUGACAGAGAAACCAAAGCAAGGAAAACUGGUCUUAGAAAGAGCAGCCUCCGCAGCACUAAACACAGGGUAGAGCCUUAUUCCACAAGCUGUGCAUUGACUGCUACAUUUGGUGAGCUCCCGUGUGCUGUGGAUAAGGGAAAGUGCUCCUCAUCAACCUGUCUGUGCGUUGAGAAGACUGUAGAAAGCAAGAAGGAGAACCCAGCCAGUGCUGAAACAAUCAAGACCAACUCUGAUCAGCAGGAGAAGGAAACCAACUCAAAAGAGCAGGCCUCUACAUGCAGUCAUAGACCUUACAUUGGCUUUGAGUCAAGCACUCUCAGAAAUCCCUUAACAAAGAUUUGCAUCAGGAAAGACAAGGAGAUAUUUGGUGCUACAAAUAAAGUCAAGUCUGUCGCCUCAUUCAAGACACUCGCAACCAUCGAAGAAGAGACAACCGAUACCCUACCACCGCACGAGAGACCUAGCGAGACCAGUUCACCUGUGAAGUUUGAGUGUAGCUGUAAGUCCACAGCCAGUAAGCACAACACAACUGCUGGAAAGCCCACUCGAAGACUGACCCGACACCGUAAAGCAAAAUUAGAAGCCCGGAGCCAAUCAUUUCAUGGCUCUCGCACUUUUGCCACAUACAGAGACAACACGAGGCUCUGUAAACUUGGGACUCCUGGUGCUGUACAAAAACCCUUGCAUAAUGCCAAAGCAGUGGUGAAAUCUAGCACCAUGAAAUCAGACUCGCCGCUCCAGGGCUGGACUCAGAACCUUGCCAACGUCAGUAGUAGCGCCAUGUCUUCACCUCCACGCUCUGAGUUUUCAUGCUCUCAGCAAGCUCGAUUCACUCACGACAUCUCAUUUGAUGAUACAACGGCUGACGAUCUGGCUGGGUACUUUGAAAAUUUGGUUUAUAUUCCUAAAAAGAUGUCCGAAAUGGCAGAAAUGAUGUACACAUAGCUCAAUAUCUGUUUAAAACUUUUGACUGACAUUAUUAUUUUUUUAAGUCAAUGAGUUACAUAUAGAGAUUGUGCAUACCAUUUAGCAUUAAGCUGUUUUCCUUUUUACUGCGAAGUCAAAGAAUGAGGACAAAUGUUUUCUUCUACUUUAUUUAUUGUAGUUCUAUCUUUUUUCUUUGUUUUCCAAAGUUGCAGCUUAAUGCUAAUCGCUGGGUCAUCGUGCGAUGAAGCAUAGGCUGCCCUUACCAUCCCCUCCCCUUAGCAACAGUUGUAGCCACUUAGUACAAAAAUGUCGUGCUAGGCCUUUUCGGGGGAAUAUUGUAACCAAAUUAAAAUAUCAUUGCUUUAUAUGGUUUUCUCCCUCAUUUUAUAAUAAUAAUAACGUGUUUAUUUUAUAGCGCGUUUUACAAUAACAUAUCAAAGUGCUUUAUAUAUUAGGCCUAGUGCCCUGGUCGUUUGACCAAUUAUCAUUCUUGUAAUCUUUCUCAGCUCCCUGUGGAUUAUACAGGCAGGGCAGACAGGUCAGGCAGUGCAGAUAGGUUUUUCAAACACAAUAUCAACCUCUACCCUCACAGGUAGACCCAUUUAUGCCCCUGGGUGAAGAGAAGCAAUUAUGGUUAAGUGUCUUGCUGGAGGACACAUGUGCCAUGACCAGGAUUCGAACCCACAUCCCGAUGACAAAACUGUCCGAACUUGAAUUAAAUGCUCUAAACUUUAGAAAUUGUUAUGAGUUAUUUAAUUCUGGAUCUUCAGAAACUGCGUAGAAUGAUUGUACAUGUAUAUUGUUUAAUUAUUGAGGACAAAUGUGCCAUGACCGAGAUUCGAACCCACAUCCCAAUGACAAAACAAUCAGAACUUGAAUUCAAUGCUCUAAACUUUAGAAACUUGUUGAGUUAUUUAAUUCUGGAUGUUCAGAAACUGCCUAGAAUGAUUGUAUAUUGUUAAUUUGAAUGUUCAUAUAAAUGCAGCUUGCCUGGUAUUUGUGUGAACAAUUUUAUUGGAAUUGAGUGUAAAAGAUUGAACAAAGCAUCAAUAUUUAUGAAAAUAAUGUGUAGAUUCAUAGACAAACAAAGUGGAUGUGUAUAUUAAUUAUUUAUUAUUUAGGUAUUUUAGAAUACAAGGUAAUACUUUACUUAAGUAAAGAAUGUUUUUAAACUGAAAAGUGAGAGCGGCUGGAUAAGGAAUUUCUGACAGUUGACCUUGUAAAAACAUCAAUUGGAAACAAUGGUACCGUUACAAUUUAUAAAGCAGAUGUAGGGCCUAAAAGCUCUGUGUUUAUAACAUUGUAAUAAAUCUGUAUUGUUUCACGCUUAAAA